GACUCCAAAGAGCCGCAACAAGAGCUACGCAGCCAUGCGAAGGCAUAAAGGGGGCGAUGGCUGCGAGUUUAAAAGACCUGAUCGAAUAUUUGCUGGAGGAGAUAUCUUUACGCGGUGACCAAGGAGUGCCUCCAGCACAAGUACUUGCGUUUAUUGAUGAAUUUUAUGCGCUGCGGCGCGAGAAUAAUGCUCGAAAUGGCGUGGCAACACAUCGUAUACCCAAUCUUGACAGACGGUUCAAAUCCAGGGUCUGGAAGUGGCUUACGGAGCACCCUGAAGUAUCAGUUGGCAAGGAUAGAGAGGGUAACUCUCUUACACUGGACGACGUGGUACCUCGUUCACAAGAGGAUAACACCACAGAGGCGGCUAUUGAUCCAGCAAUAGAGCCGGCUCCCGAUCGCCGGGGACAAGAUAUACUUGUUUUUGUGUCGCUGGAGCGAACCUGGCUCUCAAUCACUGGUCAUGAACCGGAUUCCACCAGGGUUCUACCGUUGGAAUUUGCUCUGCUGUCAAUUAUUGCAUCUCGAAAAGAAAAGGGCAUCAUUCAGUCCGACCUUGUCCGACUGAGUGGACAAGACAAGCGUUCAGUUCCCAAAAGGACUGAUUUGUUGCAAGAGAAAGGAUAUAUUGAAAAGCGUGCCAUACAAUACCAAGCUGCGAGGACAAGCCUGUGCACUCUGAAUAAAUUCGCCGGGCUCGGACCAGGGCAGCUGUCUUAUGAUCCUUCAUCAGUCGUGGAUCCCGGCUCAAAAUCAACAACUAGCAAGAUAAUAGACUUCACAGUUCUACGAGAGAGGCUCUUUGAGAUGCUGAGAGAGUAUAAAGUCAUUACUAGGAAUGACCUUAAGGAGAAACUUGGAAUGCAAGAUCGUUGGCACGGGAAAAUAUUAAGAAGAGCCAUUCGGAAAUUUGAGGCUAUUGGCUGUAUUCGACGGGUCCGUGCAGUAUCUCAAUAUUCGAAUGCAAUGAAGUCGCUGCAUCCUUCAGUAAUGCUGAUACGUGAGCCGACGGAGAAGGAUAUCAAAUUGUUCCACGAAGACAGUAAGGGGCUGAUGUCAUCUCUGGAGCAGUUGGACGCAGACUUGGACGAGGAGCAAGGCCAAGAAAUCGUAGUUGAUCCUAACCUAGAAGGCGAUUCUACUAACUAUGUUGUUGAUAUCGGUCGGACUGUCCCCCAAUGGACACCAGAUAGAACAAUCUCUAAUUUGGUUUUUGAUACUAUCCAUCAGGCUGGCACUAGAGGGAUUUCUAACAAUGUUAGUUUAUCUGACCCCUCAAAGUGUACUUGGAAACUAACACAUUCAUUUUUAGGACAUCAAUAAAUUAACUAUGGGAUCCUUUUUCAGAAAGCCACUGGAGACCGUUCUCUCUCGAUUGACCGGCUCAUGGCAGAGUUCACAGCCUCUCCAUCUUCGACACCUAGCCAUUCUCCGCGACACUGCGCUCAACAAAACUGUAUAUUAUUAUAUACAUUAUUCGUUCGACCAUUUUUCCUCCCUAGUGAGCAAUGGUCAUGCUUCUUGGGAUGCAGUAACUGGAGGUCCAAGGUCCGGAAAACGAGUGUUAAACGCCCCCCCGGCCAACGCAAAGGCUACCUUGGACAAAUAUGGCUUCCCAGUAGAUGUCUCGCAACUGCUCUUACGGAAGGGGAAUGCAACGCUUCGCGAAUGUUUGGAGGCUUCUAAGCCUUCGAAAUGGAACCUUACAUUCAAUGAUCCUAUUGCAAUUUCUCUCUUAGAUGGCACAUAUACCGUUGACUUCUUCAGAAAAGGCGGCCUUUCAAGGUCGGCCCUCGAGCGCGCUAGAGACGCUGGAGUACUUGAAUCAGACGACCAUGAACUUUUUGGACCCAAUGUUCCUAACGGCACUCAGUCUGAUGAUGUCGCCCAAUCGACUCCUGGUUACCAGGAGGGCAUGGAAGAUAUUGUACCCCGUGCGGCUAAACGACAGAAAGUUGUCACAGAUCCAUAUGAGGGAUUGACUGGAAAAGAACUCCUUGAAGCGCAAGGCCUAGAUGAAGGAUGGACGGAGUACAGUCUUCUACUUAUGGACCGCCCAUCAACGGGGGUAUAUGUAACACCGUUUGGAAAACGUCGGCCUGUUGGAAAAAAAAGAGGGCGCCCAGGUAAAAGUCGUAUCGCCGUUUUCAAGUCACCGAGGUUAAAGGAAUUUGACUGGUUUGUGCCCCAAGCAUCACCUGAACCACGAGAUGAAGAAACAGUUUCGAUAAUUGAAACAAGCUUACAAGCGGGGUCCGGGAACCUGUCCAUGGAAACCCGCCCUUGCCGCCCGGUCAGGGCUGCUGUUCAACGGCAGACUUAUUUCGAAGUCGAUAAAGAUGGGCUGGAUGAUACAGAAGAGCAGCCUGCCAAUAGCAUGGAAUUGGAUAUUGAAUGGAGCCUGAAGGACCGCCGGGUGUUAGCGAAAAGAAGAGCUCCAGACGCUGGCGGGCAAGUGUCUACUGGAGCAGGGGAAGUUCCUCGACGCCGGAGAGGAAGACCGCCAAAAAAACGAAAACUUGACACUGGAGUGGAAGCUUCAACAGUAACUUCUCCCGAAAAAAGCCUGUUGGUCGAUGACAAUAGAUCAAGAUUGAGGGAAACGACAGAGCUACCAAAUCCCGUCCCUGAUGAUGACAUAGAGCUUAACGAAGCUCCAUUACGUGAAACACAAGAGCAGGAGUUGAUUAUCCUCUCCCCUAGAGAUGCACAAGCCACGGCUCCUUGCGUACCAACAGUUGAACAUCCUAAAGAAACAAUCCCCGAAGAAGGUUCAAGAGAAGCUGAGUUGAAGAAGGAACCUAUAUGUGAUCUAUACGGAGACCCCGUCGCCGAGGCCGUGCAGACUAUGAACAAAUCUACUGGAAAUUCGGGAGUAACCGCCGAACUCACUCUUCCUGAUGCACAGAAUACACAGAAUACAUCGGAUACCUCUGUUACUAGAGUUGAUGAGAUCAAUGGGACUCUCAAGCGAGAUAUCAGGUCUGGUUCAAUCGGCGUACUCAGAAGAAAGAUUCUUCUAGAUAUUCUCGAAAAGGGAGGCGGCGUAUAUCCUAUGGGAAGUGAAAUAUGGUAUCCGUUUACGACUCAGUGGCUGAAAACAAAUCAAAGCACAAAACCUGAUGCACGAACAGUAAAAAAUGCAAUGAGAACACUCAUUGAAACUGGAAAAGCUAGGAAGCACACAUUUAGCGGGAGGAACUCUAAAGGCCUUAUGGUGACGAAAAGCAUCUUGUCUUUUCCGGAAAUUUCAGGAAACCAUCCAAAGUUAAGAGCCAUGCAAAAGGAAAUGCUUGAUGCAGACCCCCAACUUUAUCUUCCCUUAGAGGUUGAAAUUGAUCCAGAUCUGAGAAAGUCGAACCGUGGAUUCUUGGGGUACGGCGUGAAGCUUCCUGAUAUUGAUGGGGAAAUAAAUGUGACACUCCAUCAGCCUCCAGCCAUGACACGCAGACCACCACCUAAGGCAGGAAGACGAUGGAAAAUGCACAACUUCGAAGGUGAGCUCUUUGAGUUUGAUAUCAAAGAGCUAUCUUUUCCCUUUGACUCCCCUCCAAGUCAAAGAUUGGAGAGCAUACAGCGGUUGGCGCAAGGGCGUUCUUAUCUAGCUUCCUUCGGUUUACCGUCACCUAGCGGGAGCUCAUCUCAACAUACGAGGUACCCCGUACCUGUAUUGCCGAUAUCCCCAAAAACUAGAUACCUGGUAACUCCCGAGUCAAUGCUGAUGUGUCCACUGCAAGUAUAUCACUCGGCGACGGGGACAUUUGGGACAGGUGCCUAUAUUCCUGGUAAAUAUAGGGUGUACCCUAAACACCAUCGUGAAUAUAAUAUGCUACGACCGGAAAACCUAGAAACCAUCUUGUCGCAAAGAGGCAAUCGCAAGUUUGAUAGCUCAAAGUUUUCUGACCCAGUGUCCCACCAGUUUUUUUAUGAUGUGGACAGAAUCAAAUACUGGGAGCACCGGUACCCAGAAAUAUUUGAGAUGCCCAACGAUGAUUUUGUCUAUAUAAAUCAUACUAUCGAGGAACUCCCAGAAUGUGCACCUCUAGAAGGUGCGAUAAAUUUUGAAAGUGAUGCUGCGGCCAUUGCGGAGAUAGAGCACACGCGAAGACUGACAAGGCAGCUAGCUAGGAGAAGCCAGGCUCCUGAAGCUGUUCUUGCGCGUCAUUUUGGCUCUGACCGGAGGCAAAGAUGGAGGAAAGGGGAGACGCACACUGAAACUACACGCAAACUCACCCAACUACAGGAGUCCAAAGCUGCUGGUGAAGCGGAUAAAAUUAAGAAUCACAAGACAAGACGUGUCAACUCUUUACCAGCCAAGGUAACUCAACGGCUCAUGAUAGCUAUGGUUGUCGUACGCACCCUCGCUGGGGGGUUAGAAGGAAGAAUGGUCGAGUGGUCCUUGAUUACCCCCCUAUUCCCGAACUAUACACCUAAGUUCGUCCAUGACCGUGGGAGGCUGUUAACCGGGAGGCAUAGACUGCAGCUGUCGAAAAUGCAAAGUGAUUUUCAGGAGAAGUUUGCAGAUGCCUACGAAAGUGGAGAAGUGCCACCAAUCAAUUUCGACAAUCUAGAAGCGUAUGACUGGGAAUGGGUUGUGGAUUGGGCAUGCAAGAAUAUGGAAGAGCCUAGUAUGGGUAGGCUUCCUAACCUCCCGGCGUCUCGACGACAAUUUGACAGCCUGUUUGAGAUUCGAACAGAGUCAAGCCAGCAGAUUGAUGAAAUCUACCACUAUACGCCACCUACAACUAUACCCAGGAAACGAACUCUCUUGGGAAAUCUGCUACUCUCUAAUAAUAUUUCAGAUGCUCGGUCACGUAAACCGAGGGCAACGGAACUUGAGCUACUGGAUGUGGCAAAGACUUGGGUGCGUGCGAAUGUCGUAACGCCUGAAGAGACCUACAAACCGGCAGAAGCUGGUCAUAUUAUGAGGCAGUUUGGCGAGGAUCUCCUGGGAAGAGCUAUCCAAUCCCUCAUGACCGAGCGCGUCAUCUCCAUGGGCAACAAGGGUCGGGUAGCUCCUGGACGCAAUUUCGACCUUACGGAGCAGUUCCUUGGUACCCUCACACGCAGACGCCCCAUUGAAUUAACGCAGCUGAAGCAGGCCUCUUCUUUCAAAACAGAGGUUCUCGACCCUGCCCUGCUUUCUGAAGGGUGUUAUUACGUGAAGUAUGACGCAGCGGAUGGUGAUAUAAUUGCACUUCUCAACCUAGCUUCAAAAGGCCAUGUUGUACUAGUACCGAGGGACCCUCCUCGGAACAAAUAUGGGUUAACUGAGGGAGGCUACCUGACAAGGCUAAUGGAUAAAGAAAAGCUGCGUUUUAACGUUGAGGUUCACCCAGCCCACGGCCGGUAUCUGUACGGAAAUCCCAUCAGCCAGGCAUUAAAAGAGACGCCGAUACCAAAAGGCGAUCUGGGUAACUUUCCUAUUAGCUCGGAAUCGUUGACACUGAUGCCUAAAGUUCCGCUGUGGUUUGAUGUGCACUCUCAAUAUGUGAAGAUAGUAUGGGAACUCGUUUUAAGCUCAGUUCUUGGUGUUCUUGUUGCUCGACCGGCCAUUGCAGCUAAAGGCAUAACGCGUAUGCUGGAGCCUUGUCUAGCGGAGUGGGAGACACUUCUGGUUUUAGACUGGCUUGCUGACGUUGGAAUAAUCGAGAGGACACAAAGCUUAACCGAGAAUCAUUCGGAAGAUACAGGAUGGGUUGUAGGCGAGUGGUGGUGGAUGGUACUUGGGGAAACCGAGAACAGCUAA